AAUUCCAGCACUUCGUGAGGUUGAAGCAGAAGAAUCAAGAGUUCAAGACUAGCUUGGACUACGGAAUGAGUUCUAGGCCAGCCUUAGAUACAUGAGAUUUGUCUCAAAAGGGGGGCGGGGGAGGGGAAUGUAUUAAGAAAAACAAAAACAAAAAACCUUAAGGCCUGAGUAUCCUGGCGUUGUGAACAGAAAGGAACGACGCGGGACACAUGAUUUGGGUCUGGCCCAGGUGCCGGCUGCUCACAGGCGCAGGUUGCACCUUCAGCUGAAGCCUGUUCCGGAGGGCGCCAGUAGCGAGUGGGCGAGCAAGCUGGGGGUUCACAGCAGCGCCCCAAGCGCGGGCGGGGGCCCAGCGGGCGCGCGGGGAGGUGCAGGCUUUAGGCUGGGGCGGCGCCUUCGCCUCCGGCUGCCGUAGGACCGCCGGGCCGCCGUUCCAUCGGCGACAUCUUGGUGGAGGACUCCCCGGGGGAAACGCUGGUCACCCAGUAGCUGCUGCGCCACGAUCUCUGCUGACCUCCGGAGCGCGCAGGAUCGAACGCGCAGGCGCCUCCUCCCUCCGGUCCGGGCGGGGCUCCGAGUUUGAACGGCGCGGCGGGCCGGGCUUCUGAGCCGGGUCGGGCCCAUAGGCGGCGGCGCCGAGCAGGCAGUCUGCGGCGCGCGGCACCAUGUCCCCGGGCAGUGGAGUGAAGAGCGAGUACAUGAAGCGCUACCGGGAGCCGCGCUGGGACGAGUAUGCGCCAUGCUACCGCGAGCUGCUGCGUUACCGCCUGGGCCGCCGGCUGCUGGAGCAGGCCCACGCGCCCUGGCUCUGGGAUGCUUGGGGCCCAGACAGCCCCUCAGACAGCUCGGCUUCCCCCAGUCCGGCGCCCAGGGGCGCGUUAGGGGAGCCCUCGGCACCUUCCGCGCGGGAGGAGGAGCGGACGGUCGGGGAGCGCGGAGCGGAGCUGCGGGGCGCGGAGGUUGGGGACGCGGAGGAGCACGACACAGUGCUACCAGCACCACCGAAAGAAGACACAGAAGAAAAUCCUGAACAACAAACCAAGGCAAAAGAGACUCACAGGGCGCCCGUUGGCCCCGAACCUCGACAACAGCCUAGUGCCUUAUUUGCCAGAGCAAGUAAGAAAGCAACCAGGAGCCCCCAAAGAUCAACGAGCAAAAUAAAAGAGAACAAGCACCCGUUUGCUCUUUAUGGCUGGGGAGAGAAACAGAUGGACACGGGGAGCCAGAAGACACACAAUGUCUGUGCAUCAGCCUCUGUGCAUGAGAUCCAUGAAUCAGCACUUCGUGCCAAGAACAGAAGACAGGUGGAGAAAAGGAAACUGGCCGCCCAGAGGCAGCGGGCUCACUCCGUGGAUGUGGAAAAGGACCGGAGGGUAAAGCCAACUUCUGCAGAGAACCCGUGGCUGACAGAGUACAUGCGAUGCUACUCAGCAAGGGCAUAGAUGCUGGGACUUCCUCUUUCAAGUGUUUGUGAAAGACAAAGAAAACAAAAACUAUCAAAUGGGACCACACACAGGUGGAAGAAACUGACUGGUCCUGCAAGGCUCCUCUUAGGAAUUUUCAAGAGAUGUUUUGCUUUCAUGAUGGUUGGUCACCUGCCUGAGUAGUUAGGGCAGACCAUUGAAGCCAUAGAUGUUGGCUUGUUUAUGAAGACAAGUCCCCAAGUCUUGAUAUUCUUGUAAGAGUUUUAUUUUCAAGAUUUUAAUCUUUGGAGAUACCCACACCAAAUGCCUUUACCUGGCUCUAGGCGCUUCCCAUCCACACCGUCCUGUAGUAUAGUUGGAACUGUCCUUUUCCAUCAAUGCCACAUUCCACAGCUGGCAGGGGCAUCCUGUCCCGCAGUGCAGGACUCCCAGGCACCACAUCUGUGCAGUUUGCCUUGCAGGGAGCACCAAGGAAAGUGAGGGCAUCAGCGUGAGAUCAGAGCUGUUCCUGACGAAUGAGAACUCUGCUGCCUAACACUGACACUUGAUAUUUCACCCCCCCCACCUCCGUGUAGACUAUGGUAUUUAAGAAUUUUCUGGCCAGAGCCGGGCUCACCUUUUCUCCUUACAUCAUCACUUAGACAUUUAUUUGAUAUAUAACUUAAUAGUUCUAGUACAUUCCAGUGAGUGACGUGCAGUGCAUGUUUAGAGCAAUGAUGCCAUUUCUUUUGAGUCAGUGUCACAUUCUUUUAACUGCAGUAUUCCCUUUUAGAGCACACAUGGUAUCAUCAGCUGCUUGUGAAGUCUGUCCCGCCACUCCCCUCUUCAGAGAUAGCUGAUGGCGAUACUGAAAAUUUGUAAUCUGAAAUGACGUUUAAUGAACCGAGUUUGUUUGACCUGUGGGGAAGGGACCAGCAGACACCAUUGUCACCGCCUCCAUUCUGCUUCUCUUUCUCUAGAACUUAAUGAAGGCUUCACGAUGCACAGUGCUGGUAGUGUAGGUCGAAAACGUGACUAAGUGAUGUCCUGCCUGGUGAUCUGUGCUGCUGAACUGUGGGAGAAUGGGGCGUGUGCUGGCCUGGCUGUAAAUGUUCUUCUUUUAGUAGGGAACCAUUGUCAGGGUUAAAAAAAAAUAGUUUUAAAAAACAAAGGUUUCCAUGAGAUGGGUGCCUUCUCCAUCAUGCCGAAGAGACACUCAGAAGAUGAGCACCAUGUUCUUCCUGAGAGACAGGGAGAUCUUUUGCCAGCACCCACUCAGCAUCUGAGUUUGUUGGGUAAAACUGAGUGCUGGGCGUGUGGCUGAGCAUUUCCAUGAUAUUUUUACUUUGUGUUUUUGAGUAUGAUAAUUUCUAGAACACAAACUGAUUUCAUUCCAUAUAAAAUUGUCACAUAAUGUCAUCUUAAAACCGUUAGGCUUUGAAAAUGCAUACUGAAGAAUCAUGAGUGUUUUAAAAAACUUUAAAAAUAUUUGCUUAGUUUUGUAUAGUCCCUUGUGUACAGAGCCCUCCCACUGAGGUGUAUAUUUAAUUAAAGAGUAAGUUCUACAUGUUGUCCAAAUACAACCUUGCUAGAGACUCUGUUAACCACAUAGUCCCCAAAUGUCACAUAAUCAGGGUGAUUGGGACAGUGGCCCAGUUUGUUGAGAAUUACUCUUUGUAAAGCUGUGCCUUGAAGGCCUGUGUUCUCCACUCAGCCCUACAUUAUUAAGUUGCACCUGACAAUCUCAGAAAGACAGGUGGGGAGGACACUGGACCCCCACCCUGGCCUUCAGACUUGUGUAGGAGACGCUUGCAUCCUUCUGCGUGUGUGCAGAAGUCCAGGCUGAGGUGUGCUGAAAGGCCAUGUUGGUGUCUUUGCCACCUUCUUUUUACACAGAGCACAAAUGAUCAGGACUUUGGAGAAUAUUUAAUGUUCAUACACCACAAAUAUGUCAGUAUGGAUUAGCUGUGACUCCCACACCCGCGUCCCUAAUGUUUAGGCUCCAAUUUUCCUCAUUUUCAAAAGAUGGUGAUUACCUUUUGAGCCUAUGAAAUUUCUAACCAAUUGAUCUGAUCAGCUUUUUCCUAUCAUAGGAACUAAUAUAGGACAAGUUGCAAGACAGUGAGAUAAUUUAAAAUUAGCUUCCAUGCGGGAAAUGUUUGAAAAUGUUUGGGAAUAUAAUCAUAUUUAAAAUAAAUGAUACACAAGUCUUUUUAAAAAUUUUGAUUUUAAGGUCUUAAUUAAAAAAUUUUUCCAUAAGUGUUUUUGAUUUUUUUUUUGGUGCUACUUUACCUUAAAAUUAAUGAUAGAAUAUUGAAGUAAGAAUGCCCAGCUCUGCUGGAGUGAUGAGAAUGAGAAUAGAAAUGUAUUCUUAAAAGGUAUGUUUAGCAGAUAUCUGAAUACUGGGCGUUGGUUAUGUGUCUGCUCAUCUGUUCUACCCCCAUGGAAUCUCUAACAUGUUUAUACAUUUUCAAGUUCAUUGAAGGCAUUGUGGGUGGUCUUACCUGCUCACAGGGCAGCAGCCCAUGUUCCUGGCAGUUCCUAUUACAACAUCUUUGUAGCUGAGUUUCAUUGAAGGUUGGCUGCUCAUUCAAAGGUGUGUCUGCUCAGGUCACAAUAACUGGACUAAAUUGCAAGGAAAGAGAGCCAGCAAAUGGACUGUUGGUGAAGGCUUCAUUUCCGAAAGAGCAAAUGUCUACCAUGCUGGGACUGUCACUCAGUGACAGGGCCCUUGCCUGGCAUGUAGGAGGCACUGGGGUCCCCCACAUGACAAGAAACAAAGCAGCAACCAAAGAGAAUUCGGCACAACUUUCCAGUUAAAGAUGUCUUCAGAAGACUUUGUAAACGGAAUAAGACUUCCUGACACUUAGGACACCAGAAGUAGUAUCGGAGAAGAGUGGGAAAGGCCCAGCACAGGUGGAAGGUGAGGCUUGCUUUCCAGGUAAGUUCACUGCUCAGGAAAAACAGGAUAGCUGUAUGGUCUACUUUAUGAAUAAACUAAUGCUAUGCCAUGGCCAAUUCUGCAGUCGCCUGGCCCAGGUAAGAUCUUCGCUGUAUACUCUGUGGCUGGUAUAAAUGCAAUCCUUUAAACAUGACCUGGUCAUGACCUGCAUCUGAAUUUGAGUGAAUUUGAAGCAUCUCUAUGUAGCCCUGAUUAUCCUGGAACUCGCUAUGUAUCCAACUACCUCUGCCUCCCAAGGGCAUCCACUACCAUGCCCGGUUAUUUUUCUUCUUUUUAAAGACAGGGUCUCAUGUAGCCCAGACUGGCUUUGGAAAUAAAUAGCCAAGAAUGACCUUGAACGUUCAGCUCUUCUUGUCUCUACCUCUCAACUGCUGGGAUUACAGGUAUACAUCAUCACACCUAGUUAAUGUGAUUCUGGGGAGGUAAGAACCCAGGGCUUUAUGCAUGUUAGGUGGUUACUCUGCCAAUUGAGUUACAUUUCCAGUCUUCAAAAUAGGUAGGCUUUAGAUUGGCAGCAACUUACCUAUUUUUUGCUAUUAGUUUCUACAAGGAGGUGAGUUAGUGGCAUAUUAAGGUCUCUAUAUACUGGUCCACCCAUCAUUUGUAUAUCUUCAUGAACAUCUUCCCUCUUUUUCUUUAUUUAGACUCGUACAAGACACAGUUACAUCAGACAUGAGCGCCAUAUUAUGAGGUGGCUGUUCAGCUCUUGGGAUACAUCCCUGCAGCGCAUCUCAAAUAUGACCACAUGAGGACCAGCUGGUCUACAGCCAGGCUUUCUAAGCACCAAAGUCAGCACCAUGGAAGGUGUCACGGGAAUGCAGUCAUCUGUGAUUGAUCCUUAGUACCUCUUGUAUGAAAAUCUGGAGACCUGGGGGAAUUCUUUUAUUCACAAGAGCUUUUAAAUAAUUGAAAUUACCUGAAGAUUUAAAAAAUCUCCACAAGAAGCAGUUGUCAGUCACCUCUGGGCAUUUUUUAACUUUAUGGACUUUUAGUGGGGGUCUUUAGGCAGUGGGAGCUGGGGGAUGGCCCACAGGAUGGCAGCUGGGGUUUGUCAGCCCUCAUUCCUGCAGUAUACCCAGCAUUCUGGAUUUCUUCAACAGUAACAAAAUUGUAUUCAGGAAAGUUCCCACCAUGGCUCUAAGCCUGAGCACCACAUUCACUUCAGAGUGCCGAAACAACACUGGCCGGGUGGGCCACUGCUUAUGGGGUUCACACUGGGCCUCACUAGCAUGCCAAAGGAAACUGAACCAGCAGGGGGCCUCUGGGUCACAGGUGGCACAGGUCCAGACAGCACAGCCAGGGCUUUAGGAAUUGAUGCAGAAUUGGGAUCAUACUGACCGAAGGUGGGUUCAAACACAGUCAACUCUGCACAAGGUUAAACAUGACAGCCACAGUGUAUCGACAAGGCCAUGCCCCUUAGCAUCUGAACUGGGAGGCUCAGGAGGAAAGAUAGCAGAUAUUGAUAUAAACAUUGAAGGAGCUCUAAUGAGCAAUCCAAACCCUCUCAAAGAUUAGACUGUGAAUGAGGAUGACAACAGGAAGUGCCUGGGCAAAUGUGUUGGUGUACAACUUAAUCCCAGAAUUGGGGAGGCAGAGGCAGGAGAGUUGUUGCAAGUUUGAAGCCAUCCUGAGCUACAUAGGGAAUUUCGGGUCAAUCAGGGUUACAGAGUAAGACUGUAUCUUAAAACACAAACUCUAAGUGAGAAUAUCAGAACUGAGAGAGAGCACAGCUGGAUAGACCCAAUGGCUGAAUGGAGACGGAAGAAUCAUCAGUCUGAACAACAGAAAGACAAGGAAGAGCAGCGUUUCAUGGGGACCCGUGGCUUGGGAGAUGAGAAAGAUAAACAAUGAAGGCUUUAAAAGAUUGGACAAUGGCUGGAAACUCCCAAUCUGAUGAAAGAUAUAAAACUAAAAGAGUCAAGUUGAGUGAACACCAUGUGGGAUAAACCCAAAGGAAUGAACUGAGCACCUUUGAUCCCAGAACUGGGGAGACAGAGGCAGGAGGAUUUGAGUUGGAGGCCACAUUAGUGAGACCCUGUCUCUCACAAAUACCCAUCUGGGCCCACCAUCCUCGAACUGCCCAGAACUAAGAUGCCAUGAAGUGCUCAAAGAAAACCCACAUGUUGCACUAACAGUUUGAAUGAUGGUGUAUUCUUCAUAGAGAUCAUGGAGGCCAGAGGAAGUGGAUCAUUAGAGAGAAAGAAAAAUGUCACCUGGGAGUUCUGUACCCAGAGCUGGCAUGUUGCCAUAAACCAUAAUCCUAGCAUGAGGGAGGCUGAGGCAGGAUUGCCAUGAGUAUGGGGGCCAGCCUGGGCUAGACAAUUUUAUAAUGAGAUAAUACUAGAAAUGUUUAACCUUUUCAGAGAAGCUGAAAAGCAUUUAAGAAAUGCAAAAGAAGCCAAACAUAUCAAUGUCUACAGUGCCUUCUUGGUGUUUCCAUGUCAGCAUGCUGUGAAGAUGCUGAGAAUUCCUGGGACCCACAUGACUGACUCUGCAGGAUGUCUGAGCAUCACACCCAGAGUGAAACAGGUAAGUGAAGACAUCCGGUGGCAAGGGCUGUGUGGACAGCCAGAGCUGUAUGAGUCAACUACAAAUAGGAAAUCUGAUGGGACUGAUAAAUUCAGAGUAAGAGCUGGAACCUUUCACCUCCUGAGAGCACUAGAGAUAACAGGUGAGAAUGAGCCAUGAGGCAGGAAAGCCUGGUGAUGACCAAACGCCAACAGUGAGAGGCUCCAAAUCCUCUGCCAUAGGCAUGCAAAUUCUUCCAGGACACCAAUUACCAAGACACCAAUCCUCUUGUAUAAACAGACCUUGCCAGUCAAUUAAGAUUAUGCAUUGUAUGUUUGUGACUGGUAGAAUUAAACUAGAAAUUAGUGACA